AUCAUCAUCUCCUUCCUCGGAGCAGAGCAAAACCCCUUCAGUUACAGUCUUCCACUUUCUCCUCUUCUUCUUCGAAAACCCAGAAACCCUAAUUCCUCCAAUUUCGUCAAUGGCGAUAACAGAAGAACACCGCCGCAUAAGGCGCCGGAAAUCUAGUUCUCGAAUCGACCGAAUCAGCGACCUGCCGGACUCGAUCCUCUGUCACAUCCUCUCUUUCCUGCCGACCAAAUCCUCCGUAGCAACCGCCAUUCUAGCCCGAAGAUGGAGGUUCCUCUGGGCUUACGUCACCACCCUAGAUUUCCAAUACCAAAACCAAGAGAUUAUCCACCGUGUCAUGCUGCAGCGUAGGGCCCACACAUUGAUUACCUUCCACCUCGAUUACGACACCCCCUGCAGCUCCUAUCAACUGGAGACGUGGAUCGCGUUCGCCACCGCGCGCAGUGUCGAAAGACUUGAUCUUUAUCUCCAAGAGCAAGAUUCCUCGGACCUAGGCGAUUUGCCCCCGUGCCUCUUCACAUGCAAAACCCUCGUCGAACUGACGCUCGACACUUGCGGCGUCAUCCCGUUAAACGCGUCCGUGUAUCUGCCUCGACUAAAGAAGCUUCGCCUGAUCUUCGUUCAGUACGAAGCCGACGAGUCACUUCCCGAGAUGCUCGCGGGCUGUCCGGUGCUCGAGGAGUUGGAAAUCGAGUUGUUCGAUGACAUGGUUUGCUGUGACGUGUCUUCGCCUACCGUAAAAAGGCUCGCCCUCAACUUCAUUAACGAACGCAAUGGUGGUAGAGCCGGGAGAUUGGAGAUAAAUACUCCGGCACUUGAAUAUCUCCUGAUAAAUGAUUAUUUCUUGGAUCAUAUCAAAUGUGGGGUGCUAACCUCCUUAGUCGAAGCAGAUAUCAGUCUUGACAUUGACUGUGAGAUUCUUUAUUUCCGACCCCUGCUGAGAUUUUUCGAUAAGCUUUGCAAUGUCAAGUGCCUAGAAUUAAAUAUAUCGAACAGUGGAGAGGUUAUUAACCCACUACACUCUGCUUUGACUACAAGUUUCCGUAACUUAACCGAACUCAUAUUGGAUGCUGAUUGUCGUUUUCUCUCAAAGUUCCUAAAAGCUGCUGAUAACCUUGAAACGCUUAUUUUAUACCGUCACAGUAUGAAGUCUUGCAAAGAACUACGAGGCUGGAUGGAACCACCACAACAAGUGCCCACAUGCCUUUCGUCACAUCUUAGAAUUGUCAAGUUUGCUUACUUGCAUGGUAGAAAGCACGAUUUCGAAAUUAUAAGAUAUCUUUUGAGGAAUGCUCGAGUCUUGGAGAUGAUGGAAAUAUCAUACAGCGUAUGCCUUGAUUCCGAUGCAAAGGUUGAAAUUCUCGAGAAAAUCACACGUUUUCAAAGAGGAUCCACUUCAUGUGAAGUUGACUUUAUUCGGUCGUAAACUCCCCUUCGAUGCCUAUAUUAUCGCACGACUAAUGGUUUCUUCAGAACUGAUUUAUCCUCUCAACUAGUUUGCAUUGUGACCUACACUCUUUUCUUUCGUUUUUGGUUAUUAUUAUAUGAUAAAAAGAUAGUCUAGUGUGCGACGGUUUUUUCCCGGACCAUCGCGAGGUCUUGAUGUCUUGUAUAUUAAUUAUGAAACAAUCAAAUGGUAUUUUAGAAUUGUUCGAUUUUUUUGCUAAAGAACAAAAAGUU